AAACAACAGCGACUUGAGCGGGCCGCAGUGCAAUCAGAGAAGCGCUCAACUAAAAAAUAUUAGAGCCAGGAAACGAGAGAGGAGCCAUCAAUAAUCCAUGUCCGCAGUGCUGCGAUCGGUGGCUCUGCAGGCCAGUCUUCUGCUCAUCUAUUUUUGCGUGAUGCACGCCCUGGAUCUGCAACUAUACGAACAGCAACUGAAGCAGCAGCUACUCGAUGAGCAGCAGCGCCUGCAUCAGAAGGAACUGCUGCUGCAGCAACAACGGGAGCAGCAGAUCCAGCAGAGACGCUAUUCCUCAACUACAUCCACACGCAAGCCGUACAUAAUUCCACAAGGAUUAUCGCUGCCGCAACGAGGCGUGUAUCCGGAUAAAUGCUAUCGGGAAGUGCCUGCUGUAUUCUUUCAGUAUGACAAAGAAGUUAAGAUUGUGGGCAACAGCAGCACAAACCCGCACUUUAAUGUCAUCGAGGUGUGCUGCAAGGGCUGGCGACGCUACGAGUACGACUGGAGCAGGUGUGUGCCGGAUUGUGGUGAGCGGUGCCAGGAGAAUGGCUUCUGUCUGCCGGGUGGACGCUGCCAAUGCUUCGACGACUUCGUGCUCAACUAUCGGAACAACUGUGUGCCCACCUGCCCGCUGGGGUGCCCACACGGCCAGUGCUAUUUGAAUGGCACCUGCAGGUGCGAGAAGGGCUUCGAGUUGGAUGGAUCGCAACGCUUCUGCCAGCCGCAGUGCAAUGCCACCUGUGGUCACAACGAGAUCUGCCUCGAGCCGGGUAAGUGCGUCUGCGCCGAGGGCUAUGCCCGUGGUCUGCGCGAAUCGAAUGCCCUCGGCUGCCAGCCCAUGUGCAUUCCGGACUGUGGCUAUGGUCACUGUGUGGCCCCCAAUCAGUGCGAAUGCUUUCCCGGCUUUAAAAAACGCAUGAAUGGCAGCUCUUGCGAAGGCAAUUGCUACAUGCGCUGUGAGAAUGGCUUUUGUGCAAAUCAAACCACCUGCGUGUGCCAGAAUGGUUACCGAUACGAUAUCAACACCACCAGCUGCCUGCCCGAUUGUGGCGAUGACUGCCUUAAUGGGGUGUGCAUCUCACCAGGGAAUUGCCGGUGCUUCAAUGGGUAUGCGAGAAAUCGAGAGCGCUGCGACGCUGUCUGCGAUCGUGGCUGUGGCUUCUAUGGCCGUUGCAUUGCGCCAAAUAUUUGUGGCUGUGCGAUGGUGCAGGGUCCGGUGGAGAGCUACCAGAGAUGCGAAAAUGGCUACUGCAAUUCGGAGGGUCGUUGUCGCUGCUUAGUGGGUACGACGCGAUUCAUCGAUAAGUGCAUGUCGCCGGAUACGGUGACUACCUACGCCUCCAUGAAUCCAUUGCGAGUGAAUGCCUCACUAAUGCACGAGUUCGAUUUGCUACUGGGCAGGCACUUUAUACUGGGUUCCGCCGGCAUGAUCGAAUCGAACAGAUGGUUGGUGUGAGCUGGUGAUAACAGAUUGAACAAAAAUACACUUAUACAUGCUUCACAGAAAGAAAAGAAAAGAUACAUUUAAAUACUAUUUACAAUUUCGAUGUCAAGCACAAUGCAAUUGUUGUCUUGAAAUUAAGAUCCGUUGCGCCGCCGUUGCUUAUCACUAAGCUAGUGGCGUGGCUGCAAGGGGGUUGUUUGACUUCUUUGUAUAUAUGUGUGUACAUAUUAUAUUCCUCCUUUUAAUAAGAUGCCACUGCCGAUUAUGCAAAUAUAUUAAUCUAUUUAUGGUUUCACAAA